UUAUUGUUUCCCCCUUUCGCUGAGCAGGAAAGUGAGAUUCAGAGUGGUGAAGCGACUUGCGAGGUGAGGGGUCCGGCUCCGAGUGGCCGGGAGCAGAGCCCGCAGCAGCGUGCACGUGGGCGCGCACGCCGCAGCCCAGGCCUCUCCCCGGACCCAUCCUGCCGCGGGGCUCCUACCUUCCCAGGUCCCAGCCCCGCGCACGGCCCGCUGCGAACUACUCUUCCCGGCAGGACGCGGGCGCGCGCACGCGCACAGGGGCCUCCGCCAUGGCGACUGUACUGUCCAGGGCGCUCAAGCUCCCGGGGAAGAAGAGCCCAGACCUCGGGGAGUAUGACCCCCUCACACAGGCCGAUAGUGAUGAGAGCGAGGAUGAUCUUGUGCUCAAUUUGCAGCAGAAGAAUGGAGGGGUCAAAAACGGGAAGAGCUCUCUGGGAGAGGUGCCAGAGCCUGACUCAGAUGCUGAGGCUGUGGGGGCUGCAAAGCCACAUCUUUCGGAGGUCGCCACAGAGGGGUACCCCUCGGAACCCCUUGGGGGCCUGGAGCAGAAGGCAGCCUCUUCCAUUGUGUCUUAUGUGCGCACCUCUGUCUUUCUGCUAACUUUGGUCAUCUCCAUGAUCCUAGUGCUUGUAUGUGCUUUCCUGAUCCCCUGUCCCCCCAGAGAUCUGCACAGCACUUGGAGCCGCCAGCUGGGCCCCCAGGGAGGUGGGGACCUGUCUCCAUUGGAAUUGGCUGAUGUGAAUGGAGACGGCCUGCGUGAUGUCCUUCUCUCCUUUGUAACUUCAAGGAACGGGAGUGCAAUCGGUGUCUCAAAGCCAGCUGCUGUUCUCGUGUGCCUUUCGGGGAUGAAUGGCAGCACACUCUGGUCGAGUCCCCUCCCCGAGGAGGCCCGGGACAUUAUGUGUUUGGAUCUGAUGCCAGGAAGCAUGGCUGAAACCAUCUGCCUUGUGACAGGGACACAUAAAAUGUUCAGUGCAUUCAAUGCGACGUCAGGGAAAGCCAUUUGGACUUUAAACCCAAAUUACUUAUCCAAUGGUACCCUGGCUGCCCCAGGGGUGGUGUUGCCGGACUUGGAUGAAGAUGGCGUUAGAGAUCUUGUCGUUCUGGCCAUUGGGGAAUUGCAGCCAGAUCUGUGCUUUCUGCUGGUGUCCGGCCGGACGGGGAGUCCAAUGGGCCGGCCCGUGAAGUAUAGCAUCGUGGGAGUGGGGAAUCUGAUUGGCCCUCAGGUUUAUGUCACCACAAAUGGGGCUGUCUACAUCCUGUUUGGCUUUGGAAAUAUCCAAGCUGUCGCCCUGCGGGACAUUUUUGUUCAGGCCCAAAAUCGAGACAGCUUACCACCUUCUCUGCAGAUAGAAGAGCCAGAAUGGGAGAAGCGAAGAUCCAUCAACCUGUCCGAGCUCAUUGACAUUUACAGCGAUGGUGUUGAGCUACUGCAGAUGGUGGAGGCACCUGACUCCAACUGCAGCAACCUCCUGAUUAUGACCAGACAAGGCCUCGUCCUGCUUCGGGGGCAAAAUCUUACCCCUUCCUGGACACUGAGCCUGCAAGGCCUGCACAGCCAGCCUACGCCCGGGUAUUUUACUGAUGAUCAGACCUUAGACUUCCUUCUCCAGAUACAGGAUGGAGUUGGGAUGAAAAAGAUGAUGGUGGUGGAUGGAGACUCAGGCUCCAUUUCCUGGAGUUACAGUGCUCCCUGUCACAUGAAAGAGACGCCAGCCACCUCGGCAGUUACUUCAGACCAGAAGUCUGUCUUCCUCUUCUGGGCUGAAGGGAUGUCAGGAGUGUCUUCCAGUUCUGAUGUCAUCCCAGGAACUGGGCCACCCAGCCUUCACCACCUUUACCUCCUGCAUCCAGCAUUCCCCUCUCUUCUUCUGGAUCUGGCCAAUGCCACGGGCACAGUGACAGCUUCAGAGGUUGGAAUUAACGACCUCUGGAAAGAUGCCUUUUAUGUUACCAGGACAACAGGGCCAAGCUCCGAAGGCCAUCCAGCACCCCUGGUAGUCAGUAAGCUUAGUCUACGGUGGGCGCUGAUGGAAGGCCAGGUGGUCCAACUCGAGGACACCACCCCCAAAAUUGGCCGUGGGGAGCUGCGAAGAUUCCUCUCUAGGAUAAAGUUUGUUGAUCCGCCCCACCAGAUAUAGUCCGAUGGAAUCUUCCGUUUCAGAAGAAGUGAACAGAGUGAUACUGUCUCUCUCCCGGCAGCGUCAAGUCAAUUCUUUGGCGAGAAGGAAGACUUCAACCUCAUUUCACCACCUCUGCGUGAUUGUUGCAAAGCACUUUGGAGGGUGUGUUGGAGUUCUCUGAUGACGGCACGAUCCACUUGGCUGGGGAUCUGAGCUACCUUUUCAGUCCCUGCAUUAACCCCCUCUAGGCACUCCUUGGAGAGUUUGGAAAUGUGAAUCUUAUGGUUUAUUUUUUGUGUGUCUAAUUUAUGAACUGCUGCUGGGAAAUUCCGGUGAGGUUCUUCCCUGGAACAUUUUGUUUUGCGUUAUGCCACAUGUAUGUACGUAUUGGUAUUGUGAAGAAAUCGUUUCUAGAUCUGUUCUAAGCUCCAGGGACCCAGUUUCUUGUUCUUCUGAAAUACACCCAGUUUGUCUGGUUGUUUUGAGACUUCCAGGUGCCCUGCCUCUGAUCAGGGCCACUCGUCCUUUCCCUCCGUGUUCUCUCACCACCUGUACCUUGGCUUAUUCGCCAUCCUAGCGCCAGGGAGACACACAGACAGUGGGAGGGUGGGGGAACGAUCUGCACAUUUUCAUCUUUUAUCUUCCAUAGCCUCCCACCUCACGACCUUUCCAUCUCUACACACGUGGUGACCGUCCCCACCACCACAUUCCUCUUGGAAGGGGAGCAAGAGCAGCAGAGUCUGUGGGCAGCCCCUGACAUGGUCCCUGUGCUAUCGUGUGGUCCUGAUUGGCCUGCCCAUCAUGACCUUUUCCCUGCAGUCACUUCGGAAGUGCUCGUGUGUGUGUGUAUUGCCCUAGGUCUGUGAAGUCAGGAACUAUUCAGGCAGGUAGCCUUAUCCCUGCCUCAUCUCCACUCUGCUCUCUUAGCAUCUCCUAUGAGCUGUCCUCUGUACUGCCUCUCAUUUGCCCUCUUUUAUUUUUUUUAUUUUUAUUUUUUUAAGAUUUUAUUUAUUUGACAGAGAGACAGCCAGCGAGAGAGGGGACACAAGCAGGGGGAGUGGGAGAGGAAGAAGCAGGCUCUCGGCAGAGGAGCCUGAUGUGGGGGCUGGAUCCCAGAACGCCGGGAUCACGCCCUGAGCCGAAGGCAGACGCUUAACUGCUGUGCCACCGAGGCGCCCCUGCCCUCUUUUAGUCAGAGAGAUUUUUGCUUUGCUUGCAUGAGAGCAAAGCUGUUUCUGGAGUUUUAUUCUUGCUCCUCGAGUCCCGUAUGCAACCAUUUCCUUCCUUGCAGAGCCUUUGAAGUGCUGUAUUUUGAGAAAUUGCCUAUGUAAAUACUCUUUUAUAAUUGCUUAAGUUCUUUAGAAUUAUCUCUAGUGCUUACUUCUCCCUUCUUCCAUAAAUAUGUUACUUCUAUUAAGUUCUCUCCUAAACUUCUAGGUCAUUGUUUAUAUAGCAGAAAAUCCCACGUUAGCCAGUGGAGAACUGCUUUUCUUCUUGAAUAAUUUUGAUAGGUCAUACCCGAGUGCAACUCAGGUUCUGUCUUUACUUGGGCCUGUAUCUUUUUAGCAUGUAUUAAUAAAGGGAGUCCAGAAAAAUUUAGAGAUUACAGAAAUUUAGGGAUCCCGGAUUUGAAGGGAUGUGUAUUACUUGCCCAAUGGUAGGCAUUAUGACAUAGCAGGAGAUUGGUAGCAAUAGCAGAUUGGCCUGCCACAUUUCUAGGCACUCCCUUGCCCUUAAGGCCCUGAAAGCAAAUUCGGUUUCAACACUUUGGGAAGCAUGUGUGGGUCCAGCUUUUUGUAAACUUGGGGGGACAAUUAGAGGAUAUCCCAGAGGAUAGGGAUGAUUCUAGAUUCACUUCUAGAGUUUGAAUCUGCUUGGGUAGAAGAGCCUAGGAUCUGGUUUGGUCCGGUAGAGGAUUCUAAGGACUAAUUCAUAGUUGACUGAAUAGCUACAACUUGACUUGUGGUCCUGUGGCCCGGGCUGAGCCAGCUACGCCUCACCCUCGUUCUUCACCGCGUUGAGGCUUUCUGGGAAGGCCACGUUAGGUAGAGGGGUAAAACGCAAAGUCGUUUACUGAGGGCCCGAUCUGGGGGGUGGGAUCCUCUUGGGCAGAAGAUGGUGUUUAUGCCGGGUGAGUCCCAGAAAUCAGUGGAAGCUAGAAGGGCAUCAGUUCUUAAAUUCUUCACGGUGUGUUUACAAACUAACUUAGCGUAGAUUGUUUUGACUCUGGUAAGUUUGAAUCCAUUUUUGCUAGACACAGGACAGGCUGUAGUUUUCCCCUUCCUCCUGCAGCCCGGGCAGAGGGUUAGAAUGGUGGCCAAGGAUUGCAGAAGCUUCAUGUGACCAGCGUGGGUGCUAGUGUGUCAGGUGUGUCCCUACACUUCCUUCUCCUUGUAGGCAUCCAUCCAAGCAGACAUCUAAGAUAGGAAGAGCUCCUUCCUUCCCCCACCCCAGCAAGGCCAGUGUGACGCCACUUAGGGAUAGCUGUGACUUGUGCGGGUACAAGGAUCUUCCUUCUCCCGAGCUCUCCUCCUCACUAUCUUUACAGCCCCUUCCACCCUAGACAGCGUCCCCCCCAGCCCCCAGAUGCUCUCUCCUCCCCCUCCCAGUCAGGUAUGCUGAUACCAACCCCCUUGAAUGUGAAUGGCUACUUUUAUUGCCCAUACUACAGAAGAGCCAGCUGGUAUAACGUCAGGAAGCACUAUUUAAAAUGUGAAUUGUUGCAGAACAAAUAAAUACAAUGUAUAGGAAA